UUUGCUCGUUGGACGGCGCGGGGUAGCUCGAGCAGAGCGAGAUAAAACGGAGGCGAAGCCGCAGGAUCCCGUACCGUAAAACAAUCGCGAUCCAUCCUUAUGGAGGCAGCCGUCAACCCGUCUUUUGACAGCUCUGUGGGAGUGGGGCUGUCUGUCAUAAGUGGGAUGGAACAGAGUUCCGGCAAGCGUAUUCGGAAACCCUCGCUGCUGUACGAGGGCUUUGAGAGUCUGUCUCUACCCCAUGCGCCUCUGCCCGGCCCUCCUCGAUCCCAACUGCCCCAGGUGAAGGAUCCCAGUCGACAGGGACGAGCAACCAACCAACUGCAGUUCCUUUACAAGGUGUUGGUAAAGGCAUUGUGGCGGCAUCAUUUCGCGUGGCCUUUUCAUGAACCGGUGGAUGCGACCCAACUCAAGUUACCUGACUACCAUAAGAUCAUAAAACAGCCAAUGGAUAUGGGUACCAUCAAGAUACGACUGGAGAAUGACUAUUACCGCAGUGCUAGCGAAUGCUUGCAGGACUUCAACACAAUGUUCACCAACUGUUACAUCUACAAUAAGCCUACAGAUGAUAUAGUGCUAAUGGCACAAUCUCUAGAGAAGGUCUUCUUACAGAAAGUCGCCCAAAUGCCCCAGGAUGAGAUUGAGUUGGCCCCUCCGGCUCCGAGGGGCAGAGGAGCCAAGACUGUCAAAGGACGCGGAGGGAGAGGUGGAGGAUGUGUUACCAGCGCUCACCAGGUGCCUGCAGUAUCUCAGUCGGCUUAUUCUCCUUCAUCUCCUGAUAUACCAGAUUCUCGGUUUUUCACCUCUCCACAGACCCUGCUGAGCAACACUGCCCCACCUCCAUCACUGAUGAGCACACUUCCCACUCAGCCCACCGCAAAGAAGAAGGGCGUGAAGCGUAAAGCCGACACCACCACACCCACUACACUUGGCUUCCCUGUUCCCGGCCAUAUGGGAGGAAUGGGCAAAGGUCACGGAUCGGGCGGAGAGAUGCCUUUCUCACUCUCCUCCAUGCCUGGUGACUGCGCUCCCAGCAUUGGUGUGGUCAGGGGCGUGAAUGAGCCCACCCACCUGCAGCCCAUCUUAGGGCGACCGCUGUCUCGACGGCCAAUCAAACCUCCGUGUAAGGACCUGCCCGAUUCUGUGCGACCCCAUCAGCCCUCACGAAGGGGGAAACUGAGCAAGCAGUUGCGCUACUGUAGUGGCGUCAUUAAAGAGCUGCUGUCCAAAAAACAUGCAGGAUACGCAUGGCCAUUUUAUAAACCUGUGGAUGCAUCAACGCUGGGUCUCCAUGACUAUCACGACAUCAUCAAACACCCCAUGGACCUCAGCACUAUCAAGAGGAAGAUGGAUGAGCGCGAGUACAGAGACGCUCAGCAGUUUAGCGCUGAGGUCAGACUCAUGUUCUCCAACUGCUACAAGUACAACCCACCCGAUCAUGAUGUUGUCACCAUGGCACGAAAACUACAGGACGUGUUUGAGUUCCGCUUCGCAAAGAUGCCCGAUGAGGUUUCGGAGGAGGAGGAAUUGUCUCCCAUGCCACUAGGGCGAAACAUGGGUAUGCUGGGCAUGCACCACUCCUCUUCCUCCUCAUCCUCUUCUUCAUCCUCCUCUUCCUCCUCAUCAGAGAGCGAACAGAGCAGUGACAGUGAGGACAGCAGCCCGAGUUCUGACAGCGAGGAAGAGCGAGCGCAACGCCUGGCCCAACUGCAGGACCAGGUGUGUACUCAGCUGAGAGCGGUGCAUGAGCAGCUGGCUGCUCUCUCCUCCGGCCCCAUCAUCAAACCCAAGAGGAAACGAGAGAAAAAGAAGGACAAGAAGAAGAAAAAGAAGCCGGAGAAGCGCAAAGGAAGCACAGGUUUGAUGAGUGAUGAAUGCGAGAAACCCACCAACAUUUCUAAGAGCAAAUCGAGCCGACUGUCACUCUCAUCCGCACAAAGCAAGAAAGGGCCUGCUAAGAAAAGCAACAAGCACAAGAACACAAGGAAAUCAUCCUCGUCAUCUCAUUUUGCGGCAAAUGCUGUCUCCAUCCCUCACUACGACUCCGAGGAGGAAGAGGACUGUCUUCCCAUGAGUUACGAUGACAAACGUCAGCUCAGUCUGGAUAUCAACAAGCUACCCGGGGAGAAACUAGGCCGUGUGGUACACAUUAUUCAGUCACGUGAGCCCUCCCUGCGUGACACCAAUCCAGAGGAGAUCGAAAUCGACUUUGAGAUGCUCAAGCCGUCUACGCUGCGUGAACUAGAACGAUAUGUAAUGACCUGUCUCCGCAAGAAGCCCUGCAAACCUUAUGUAAUAAAGAAAGAAGGAGGUGGGAAGAGCCAAGAGGAGCUGGCUCUGGAGAAGAAGAGAGAGCUGGAGAGAAGACUACAGGAUGUGAGCGGACAGCUAAACUCUGGGAAGAAACCACAGAAACCUAAAGUGGAAAAACCCAGCGUCAUGGAACCUCACACCAAGCCAUCUCGUCUCAGCGCCAACAGCUCCAGUUCAGACUCUUCCUCAUCGUCUUCUUCUUCCUCCUCUUCAUCAGACACCAGUGACUCUGACUCAAGGUGAAGAGAUCUUCCUCUAGAGAGAGAGAGAGAGACAUGCUGGAUGGCAAAAGAAGUGGGCUCUCCCAUCACACACAAUUCUGGGAGCUGUAGCCCACCGUACACGAGGACACAUUUGUGCCUCCUAAUCCCUUGCUUGCUGUUUAUUUCUGUGUAUAAAAAAUAUAUAGAUAUAUAUAUAGAUAUAUAUAUAUAGAUAUAUAGAUAUAUAUAUAUAUAUAUAUAGAUAUUGUGUAGGAUGAUUUUUGUUUCUUUUAUAAAGAAGAAUUUUACCAAAAUGCCCAUAAUGGGAAACUCCAAUGGGAGUAUACUAAAACCAAACCUACUUUUCUAAGUUGACGAAAUAGCUUGUUGUUUUGUUUUUGCUUCCUUUUCUCUCCUAACAACAAUUGUGGCUUACCUCUGCGUCAUUUUUAAAACUGACCCCAGUGUUUAUAUCUCAUUUUGUGCAACCAAAACUUACAUGAAGGUACACACCUCAUACAAAUCAGACUGCAUGAUUUAAAGCCAAACCGAAAAUAUUAAUUUCAGAGUUUUUAGUUUUGAGCUACAAUGCACUGUAUGGUUUCAGAAUUGGUUUUGGGAACAUUAAGUGUACCGCAUAGUUUAUUGCGAGUUUCAACUUGAUAUUGCCUUGAAAGAGUUCUUUUAAUUAUAUUAUAUUUCUUUAUGAAAAUAUGAAAAUCAUAUAAUCACAGUCCAAAUAUAAAUCAAGUCGUAUUAGGUGUUUGUGAAAUGUUAGUGACAAGACAUUUAUCUCUUAUAAAGUGAAGCAUUGGAAAAUAACAGCCAUAAUGGCUCGUUGGCUUUCUGAAGAUGGACUGUAUUUGUCGAGCACUAGAGAAACACGACUAGAUUCAGUUAUGUUCUACAUUAGGUAUAUGAAAAGGUAUUAAGUUGAAUGUUAACUUAAGACUAAUGGGUUUUAGGACAACUGUAGAGGCAUCGCAUUUAAGCAAUAGAGUGAAUAUUUAUUAAACAAUGCUACAUGUUUCCUGUAUGUCGUUUCCAUAAUGAUGCUUCUGCUUCUCUCGUCUUAUAUUUAUUUGCAUUUCUUUUCUAAAAUAUUAUUUUUGAAUGUAUGACAAGUGGCAGAUUUUCUGUGAUAUAUUCCAUAUCUGUGGUAUAAUUAAGAGUUUAUGCACCUUGGAUUACACAUGGGUUUUUAUUUGGUUGAAAAUACAACUACAGGUCAAAGGUGUGAAAUUGUCUUUUUUCUUAGUACUGCUCUGCAACUACGUAGAACAAGAAAUACUAGAUCUGCUACUGUUGGUGUUUACCCCAUAUGUAAGUGCUGCAAAAAUACUGCUUUGGAUUGAAUACAGUGAAACAAGGUUUGAGGGACUGGAUCUUUGUUGGUUCAGUGAGGGAAUUUUGACAUGAGGAUUUUCAGCCCUGAAAAUAUUUUUUCAUGACACCAAGUCAUGAAAUUGAAUUGGUCGAAUAGUGUGGGAAGCCGUUGAGUUUUUGUGUGAAUUAAAUGUGCGUAUGGAUAUGCUUAUGGGUAUUCACAAAGUGUUUUGUUAGAUUAUUUUCCAGUCCAUUUCAGGUGUUGGUCACUCCAGCACAUUCAGACAGUCAUUUCUAAUUAGCCUAAAAUACAAGAGAUCCCAUUGUUCAAUAACAAUGGCUUUUGUGGAAUUUAAAAAAUGACUUACAAUCGUAUCUUAAGAGAACUGAAACCUGAUUGGCUGGUGGAAUUUAGCACUGUAGUUUCAUUCAGGUGUGAGGAACCUUUAAUAGCACAAUGAUAGAUGAGGAAGUAAAUAAACCAGUACAUGUCCUGCUGACUCGUGACAUUCAGCCGCUGGCCUUGAAAUGCUCUGGAGGUUAUUUCUAUUUUGCACUCUUGCUGUUAAUUGGAGAUUUUAUUAGAGAUCAAGGUAACACUUUUCUCUUUUUAAAAACUGCUGUUUAAAUGGACGGAUCUGCAUAUUUGAGUUUUGUAGAGUUUGUUCCUGUUGAUUGUAAUCAUGUACAUCUAUGUGACAGUGUCAGAAAUUCACUUUUUGUUGGAAGGGCAAUAUUUGCCCCCUGGCUAUAAAUUUCAGGGGCAUUUUUGCUGUUUAUAAGUGCAUGUUUUUACAAACUUUUUACUAAAAUUACUUCAACUUAUUCACAUAAAGUCUCAUUCUUAAUGAUUGAUUUGGAAUAUUACAUCUUACCCAUAAAGUAACUCGUCUUAUACAAUUAUAUAAAUAACUGGGCCUAGAAUAGAAUUAAGAACUAUUGAAAUUAAUAUUUAUAAAAACAAUAAUGAUGUAUUACAAAAAAUGGGAUGUGUUGCAACUCAGUGUAAUAAAGCUUAAUGUAA